UAUUCUCAAUCGUACAGCAAGCAAUCUGAAUCAUCUCCCUCGCACCCGAACUCUCUCGAAUCGAUCUGAGCAUUCUGUUUUGAUUCUGCUUCAAUUAUUUGUUUAGUUCUUAUUAAUCAUUAUCAUCAUCUGUGUUGUUGUUAUUGUUUAAUUUCAUUGUUGUUUAGUUCAAUUGAUAUUGAUCUGAUUAGGUCUUUAAUUUCAUAGGCUUCUUUAUCUGUUCUUGUAUAACAUUUGUUGAUUUUGCAGGUAGUUGGAUUUGGAAAUUUACUGCGUUUGCUCAUAUACAGAUAUUUAGAUUUUUAUCAGUAACAUAUCGAUCGCAUAUAUUCUUUUAUUUGUGUUGUUUUAUUGCUUGUUCUGAGAAAAUGGAAACAGGAAUGAUUUCUUCAUCUGCCUCUUCGAGAAAGAGUAAAUCGCGGUUCCCGCUCCAGGAACAGAUCCUACUACAUAAAAGAAAUUCUCGGGAAAAUUUGGAUCGGUUCAUUCCUAACAGGUCAGCCAUGGAUUUCGAUUAUGCACAUUAUAUGCUUACGGAAGGUGCCAAGAAAGGUAAGGAAAGUCCCACAGUAAGCUCGUCUCCAUCAAAAGAGGCGUACCGGAAGCUUCUUGCCGAAACCUUCAACAUGAACAGGACAAGGAUUCUCGCUUUUAAGAAUAAGCCCCCAACUGUUGUGGAGGCUAUUCCAAAUGAGUUUUUGUCGUCUGCGGCACAUCAAGCUAAACCUGUCAAACCUCGUCGACACAUUCCUCAGACCUCAGAGAGGACAUUGGAUGCCCCUGACCUUAUCGACGAUUACUAUUUGAAUUUAUUGGAUUGGGGUAACAGCAAUGUUCUAUCAAUUGCUCUUGGCAACACUGUGUACUUAUGGGAUGCUUCGGAUGGAAACACUUCAGAACUUAUGACAAUUGAGGAAGAAAGUGGUCCGGUGACGAGCGUAAAAUGGGCUCCCGACGGCCGGCAUAUUGCAGUUGGCCUUAACAACUCCGAAGUUCAGCUAUGGGACUCGACAGCCAAUAGACUUUUGCGAACCUUGAGGGCCGGACACGCGUCGCGUGUGGGUGCAAUGGAUUGGAACAAUCACAUCUUGACGACGGGAGGAAUGGACGGUCAGAUCAUCAACAACGAUGUGCGAGUGAGGGAGCAUGUUGUUGGGACUUACCGCGGGCAUCAACAAGAAGUAUGUGGGCUUAAGUGGUCAACGUCGGGGCAGCAAUUGGCGAGCGGUGGCAACGACAAUCUCCUUCAUAUAUGGGACAGAUCAAUGUCGACGUCGUCGUCGAAUGCUCUCCACCGGCUCGAGGAUCAUACGGCGGCGGUUAAGGCGCUGGCGUGGUGCCCUUUCCAAGCCAACUUAUUGGCCUCCGGCGGUGGCGGCGGAGACAGGUGUAUUAAGUUCUGGAACACUCAUACCGGCGCUUGCUUGAACUCCGUCGACACGGGAUCGCAGGUCUGCGCGCUUCUGUGGAACAAGAACGAGAGAGAAUUGCUGAGCUCCCAUGGAUUUACAGACAAUCAGCUCACUCUUUGGAAGUAUCCUUCCAUGGUGAAGGUGGCGGAGCUCACCGGACAUACGUCUCGAGUGCUUUUCAUGGCGCAGAGUCCGGAUGGAUGUACUGUGGCGUCGGCUGCAGGGGAUGAGACGUUAAGGUUUUGGAAUGUUUUUGGGACGCCGGAGGUGGCUGCCGCUGGUAAGGCGGCGGCGAAGGCGAAGGCGGCGGAGCCGUUUGCUCACUUGAAUAGAAUCAGAUAAGUAGUUGGAUUUUGAUAGAAUUUGCAGAAUUUUGUAUAGUAGUUUUGUUGUUGUUGAUGAUGAUGAUUGUGUUUAAAUUUUUGUGGUUUUGGGGAGUCACAGAUCAGUGACCAAAUUUGAUGAUAUGCAAUUCUUUCAUUUUUA